CCGUUAUUCUGUUUCUUCUCAUUUGGCUUUGGAAAAUUCUUACCUUCCGACUCCCUCCUAAUUUUCCUUCUCCCUGAACUUUUCCAAAGCAAAAUCAUUGUGAUAACAAAGCAGUUCACCAUCUUCAUUUUUUUGGGGUUUUGGGGAGCUGUAAGGAGUAGAACAAAUGGCGUACAAGGUGGACCAUGAAUAUGAUUAUCUCUUCAAGAUCGUAUUGAUCGGGGACUCGGGCGUUGGGAAAUCGAACAUUCUAUCCAGGUUUACGCGGAACGAGUUCUGCCUUGAGUCCAAGUCCACCAUUGGUGUUGAAUUUGCGACCAGGACAUUACAGGUAGAGGGGAAAACAGUUAAGGCACAAAUAUGGGACACGGCUGGUCAAGAGAGGUACCGAGCCAUCACCAGUGCUUACUACAGAGGUGCUGUAGGUGCGCUUUUGGUCUACGACAUUACCAAGAGGCAAACCUUCGACAAUGUCCAUCGGUGGCUUCGUGAGCUCAGGGACCAUGCUGACUCCAACAUUGUCAUCGUGAUGACCGGGAACAAGGCUGAUCUCAAUCAUCUCAGAGCUGUCUCAGCAGAAGAUGCUCAAUUCUUGGCUGAGAAGGAAGGCCUCUCUUUCCUUGAGACUUCAGCUUUGGAGGCCUUCAAUGUCGAGAAGGCAUUCCAGACCAUUUUGUUGGAUAUUUACCAUAUAAUAAGCAAGAAAGCUCUGGCAGCGCAGGAGGCAGCUUCCUCCUCUGGAAUUCCUCAUGGCACUACCAUUAAUGUCUCGAAUCCGUCGGGUAAUAGAAUCAAAGGAGUUUGUUGCACUAGUAAUUAACUUGGUAUUUCUCCAUAGAUAGGGGAAGGAUGAGAAGCAGGUAUGCAUGCAUUAAUUGACAAUUUUGUUCUUUCUUUCGUGACUGACAUGGGGGAUACUUAAUUUCUACCUUCUGUCGUGUACAUUUUCUCUAAUAGGUCAUUUGAGAACCAGGUUUCUCGUUUAUAAGAACCAUGGACGUUGAAAGUGAAAAUGAUUGUCACCAUUUUUGUUGUUUGAUUUGACACUUAUUUGUACGGAUACCCAUAAAGUUGGCGUCAUUUACUGGGAAAUGUAAGCGAUAAGAACUAUAAUUACUUGGUGGGAAUUACCCUGCUAGCCAUAUAUACCAGUAAAUAUUCCAGAAA